AUGGAAAGCAUCCUAAGAGAUAAAACAAAAUUCACUCAAAUUGAAGAUGACUGGACCUCUCUCAUUAUCAAAAGAGAAGAUCAGCUCAAUAACAUGUUAAAGAAACUCAAAGAUAGUAAGUCAAUUGAUAAAGAUACAUAUUUACGUCUGUUCACUUCUGGAUCAAAACCAGGCGUCCUGUAUGGGCUUCCAAAUGUUCAUAAAACGGGCUGCCCUCUUAGACCAAUACUUUCAGCUAUUGGCACCUUAAACUAUAAUAUCUCAAAGUAUUUUGUUCACAUUCUCAAAACACUGACUAUCAAUGAAUUCACAAUACAUGAUACUUUCUCAUUUGUAAAAACAAUAUUAGAUAUUCCGAAUGCUGACAGUCAUAUAAUGGCAAGUUUUGAUGUUACCAAUCUAUUCACAAAUGUCCCUCUUUCUGAAACAAUUGAAAUCAUCACUGAGUCUCUGUUCAACCAUAACACUCACAUGAAUGGCUUGAAUAAGGUACAGUUUAAGAAAUUGCUUGAAAUUGCCACUAAAGAUAUAACAUUCUUCUUUGAUGGCAAAUCAUAUAAAGAGGUUGAUGGAGUGGCUAUGGAUAGCCCCUUAGGUCCAACACUUGCAAAUAUAUUUAUGUGUUUUCAUGAAAAGAGAUGGCUCACAAACUGCCCCCCUGACUUUAGACCCUCGCAUUAUCAUAGAUAUGUUGAUACAUUUCUUUUGUUUAAAUCACAGCUUGAAGUUCAGAAAUUCCUGCAAUAUAUGAACGGUCUACACAAGAAUAUCAAAUUUACUUGUGAAUUAGAGUCCAAUGGUAAACUUCCCUUCUUGGAUGUCAGUAUAAGCAGAGAUAACAAUAGGUUCUCAACUGCAACAUACAGGAAACCUACAUACACAGGCCUCACCAGAAAGUUCGAUUCCUUCAUUCCUAUCAAGUACAAAACUAAUCUAAUAAAUACCCUUAUUAAUAGAUAUAAUAAAAUAUCAAAGUCAUAUAAAAUAUUCACCAAGGAAAUAGACUUUAUCACUGACACCCCAAGAAGGAAUGGUUUUCCAUGGUUUGUCAUUCAGAGGUCCAUCAGACAAACCUUAAAUAAUAGUUUUGUAAAAAGAGAACCAGUAAAACUUGCCACCAAAGAUAUAAUCUAUAUUAAUCUUCCAUACAUAGGCCCCAUGAGUUAUACUAUUAAACCUUCAGCUGCAAUGCUGCAUACAUUGGAAAGACUUCUAGGAAUCUUUUCAUUCGUGCAGAUGAACAUAAAGGUGUGUCAUACGGGAAGACCACUAGGGAAACCCAUGGAUUCCCUAGUGCGUGAACAUUGUCAACAGUAUAAUCAUAGCUUGUCAAGACAUGAUUUCAAAAUAAUAGACUCAUCAUCCUUUGCUUCUGACCUCUGCAUAUUAGAAGCUACUUACAUCGGGAACCGCAUAAGUGUUUCCAGCACAAAUAUUGCUCUACGCUUGUACGAGUUACUUCGACAGAAUAAACUAGUGGAGCUCAUUAACGCCACUGAGCUCUGUUUCUCUGUCGCCGGCUUAACGUCGAGUCUGGACUUCGUUGUCAGCAUAUGCAAACGUCUCCACAGGAUACCAUUAAUACAGAUGUUCCAUAGCAUGAGUGUGAGAACAGAUCCCAGAUGUAGUGCGCCCUAG